CCUCUGUCUGGCCACGACGGAAAAACCUCUCUUCAUCUUAUCACCCUGCUACCUCCCCCUGUCCAUUUCUCCUCUUCCUGUCCUCCCCAUAUUUUCCUCUCCUAUCCACUUCCUUUUUCUCUCCCCUCUCUCUCUCUCUCACUCUCUCUCUCUGUCUCUCCCCCUCCCCCCUCGUCAUUGGUAAGUUCAUUGAAGUAGACAACAGAGAGAUGAAAGAGAAGAACCCCUGGCACAUGCCUGUGACCAUCAUCAUCACUGUGAUUGGCGUCAUAGCGAUUGUUGCCUUGGUGACGGUAGCAGUUUUGCAGAACAGGCCCCUCCCCCAAAAGUACAAGUAUGGGAUUGUGCUGGAUGCCGGUUCCUCCCACACAGCUCUCUAUAUCUAUGAGUGGCCAGCAGAGAAGGAUAACAACACAGGAAGAGUUGAACAGAUACAUUCGUGCAAAGUCAAAGGUCCAGGUAUCUCCAGCUAUGCAUCCACUCCUGAGAAGGCAGGGGAGUCUCUGACAGCAUGCAUGCAUGAGGCCGAGCAGUGGGUCCCUAGAAAAAGACACCAAGAGACCCCUCUUUAUCUGGGGGCUACUGCAGGAAUGAGACUGCUGAAUAUGGAGAACAGCGAAGCGUCGGGCAAGGUGUUCCAAGCUGUGGAGGAAGCCCUGAAGAGGUGCCCCUUCUCCUUUCAGGGAGCGAGACUACUUAGUGGCCAAGAGGAGGGCGCCUUCGGCUGGGUCACAGUCAACUACUUGGAUGACCGCCUCAAACAGGGCUUGGAAACCACAGGUGCCCUCGACCUUGGCGGGGCCUCCACUCAGAUUAGCUUUGUAUCAAAUAAUUAUGACGGUUCAGAGUCACCUAACAACUCUGUGAACUUUCGACUCUACGGAAACGACUAUAACCUGUACACUCACAGCUUCCUGUGUUAUGGGAAAGACCAAGCACUGCGUAUGACGCUUGCACAUCAGACUUGGUCAGGUCCAGAAACAAUAUUAGAUCCUUGUUUCCACCCUGGCUACACUGCAACAAAGAACUACUCAGUUCUCUAUGAUAGCCCCUGUGUGUCAGACAGGAAACCCCAGAACGCUCCUGCAACCUUCAAUCACACAGGGAAUGGAAAAUUCCAACAAUGCCAGGAAGUCGUCAAAAGUGUCUUCGACUUCACUCACUGCAAAUACAGCCAAUGUUCUUUCAAUGGGGUCUUCCAGCCUCUUUUGAAGGGGCCAUUUGGGGCCUUCUCUGCUUACUAUUUUGUGAUGAACUUCCUCAAUCUGACUGAUACAUCCAUAUCUCUGGAAAAAGUCAAGGAAACGCUAACACGCUACUGCGCUACCCCUUGGAAUCAGAUAAAACAGCAGCAUCCGGAUGCAAAAUUGACGUAUCUGGCUGAGUACUGUUUCUCUGGCACAUACAUCCUCACCCUGCUGACAGAAGGAUACAACUUUACCUCAGAGAUGUACUCCUACAUAAAAUUCAUCAAAAAGAUAAAAGGCAGUGAUGCAGGCUGGACAUUGGGCUACAUGUUGAAUCUGACCAACAUGAUUCCAGCUGAGGCUCCUGACUCUCCGCCUCUGCCCCACGCUGGUUACGUUUCCAUAGUCACCAUCAUGGCAGUACUGCUCUUCAUCCUCUUCAUUGUCAGCCUGCGGCCUCUCUGGCCCCGCUGCUCGAAACAGCCACAGAUCGUAUAAACACACAAAGAUAUAUGUAUGAGUGACGGUGAGGGAGGGAAUGUCUGUGAGGGCUUGUUAGUGUGUUGGUGUAAGCUAUUCUACCAAUAAUAAUAAACAUCACACCUUCCAGCCUUUGUGGGGAGGUCAAAGUUCAACAUCUGCUGCACAACAACAACAGUCCUGCAGCUCAAGUGGAUUCGAGGACAUUUCAGAAGGACAAAUACUUUCUCUCACUGUGGAGUCAGUUUUUCUGUUUUGAUUGAAGGACAGUAUGUGAGUAUGUAUUUUUGAGUUUGAAUGUGUGAAUUUGAAUGUGUGCUUGAGUGUGUGUACCCACAAAAGUCUGCAUGUAUAUGUCUUAUGAUGUGAAUAUGACACUGAAUAAAUAAAAUAACCCAAGUUUAUAUCAAA